AUGUCAAAGGAUAAAUAUGAUAGAAGCUUGAAAAACUUGAACAUGCUAAGAAGACCAGUGUUAAACAAUGUUACUAAUACUACUGAAUCUACGUUCGGUAAAGUUUUGAGGCAGGCUAAAUCAAGACUGCAGAAUAGCAGGACGAAUAAUCUUCCCCAGGGUACCGCAAACUCGUAUUCGAACACAAAACCGGCACCAUUGAGAGAUGACAUAAUGGUACCUGAGGAUAAGGAGAAUUACAAUCCGCUAGCUAAGAUUGAUGAAAGAGAGGAGCUGGAUUCUAAUCUAGUUCAUAAUCACAAAUCCCUGGGUACACAAAAGCAUGUUACGAUCGAUGAAAGACAAGAAAUAAUUGGAUAUUCACAUCUGGAUACUGAAAAGUCUGCUCCAUCAUCAUCAACAUACAGCAGUGAGCAUACGGAAAAUGACGGCGUUCACGACGUCAACCCAAAUGUUCAGCGUUCAGAUAAUGAAGCUGAUUUCAAGAUGCAAACCACAAACGCUUUUCACGAAAACGUCAACGAUGGCAGUGACGCAACAGAUGAUGCCAGUAGUGGAAGUAAGAGUAGCAAUGAAUGCCCUGCUGUUAACGUCGGAAACAGCCUUGCGCCUAUGCCAAUUGACGAAAAUGCUAACAAUAGCGCUAGCAGUGUCGAAUUGAGAGCAAAGCAACUUCAGGUUGAGGAUUCGAAAAAGAGACCAAUAAGCACUGUCGUUGAACAAACGUUACCUAAGAAAUUUAAAGUAUGUGAAAAGGGUAAAGAAUAUGAAUGGGAAGAUCUUGAUGAAGAAGAUAUCAAUGAUCCCUUCAUGGUAAGCGAAUAUGUUACAGAUAUCUUUGAAUAUUUGCACAGAUUGGAAAUGAUGACUUUGCCUAACAGACACGAACUAUUCAAACAUGCCAACAUUCAGCAAAAUAGGGAUAUUUUAGUUAACUGGAUGGUAAAGAUUCAUAACAAGUUUGGCCUACUGCCGGAAACCUUAUAUUUGGCGUUGAAUAUCAUGGAUAGAUUCCUUUGCAAAGAGUUAGUACAGCUGGAAAAACUACAAUUAGUAGGAACAGCGUGCUUAUUCAUCGCUUCGAAAUAUGAAGAAGUGUAUAGCCCCAGUGUGAAACACUUCGCUUACGAAACGGAUGGUGCAUGCGAUGAAGAAGAAAUCAAAGAAGGAGAGAAAUUUAUUCUAAAAACGUUAGAGUUCAAUCUCAAUUAUCCAAAUCCCAUGAAUUUCCUAAGAAGGAUAUCUAAGGCAGAUGACUAUGAUAUACAAUCCAGAACAUUGGCGAAAUAUUUGCUUGAGAUAUCCAUAGUUGACUUCAAAUUCAUUGGGAUUCUACCCUCAUUGUGCGCCGCAGCAUCUAUGUUCUUAUCGAGAAAGAUGUUAGGAAAGGGCCAAUGGGAUGGAAAUCUAAUACACUAUAGUGGAGGAUAUACCAAAGACGAACUAGCUCCCGUGUGUAAUAUGGUUAUGGAAUAUUUGGUCCAGCCUGUUGUACAUGAUGAAUUGUUUAAGAAAUACGCUUCGAGAAGAUUUAUGAAAGCAUCGGUAAUUUCUAGACAAUGGGCAAAGAAAGUCAUGUCCCACAACUAUGAUAUAAUGACACUACAUGAUUCAGAAUAA